AUGCCAUGGCUACUGAUAGUUUCCUUGUUGUAUCCUCUGGAUUCAGGGAAGGAUGGUCUUUCAUUUUCAACAACUCUUGCUAUUGUUGUGCCGACAGCUUUAGCUGUGGUGGUGAUCCUCUCACUGUGUUAUAUUUUGCUAACAAGAAAGGCAAUAAAGAAGGAAAAUCAUGUUGGAAAUGAAUCUCAGCCUGUUGGGUCCUUGCAAUUUGACUUGGAUACUAUUAGAGCAGCCACAGAUAACUUCGCAGAUGCAAAUAAAAUAGAUGAAGGUGGAUAUGGUACAGUUUACAAGGGCAUACUUUCAAAUGGAGAAGAAAUUUCUGUCAAAAGGCUCCUAGGAGAUUCAGGUGAAAUUGCAGAAGCAUUCAAGAAAGAGGUUUUUCUCAUGGCAAAGCUUCAACACAGAAACCUUCAGAGACUUUUGGGAUUUUGCUCAGGAGGAGGAGAAAGGAUGCUCAUCUAUGAGUUUGUCUCCAAUGACUGCCUGGAUUCCUUACUAUUCGACCCAGAAAAUAGAGCACAGUUGGAUUGGCCAAUGCGCCUCAAGAUCAUUGAAGGCAUUGCUCGAGGACUUCUUUACCUACAUGAUGAUGCACCACUCAGGAUCAUUCAUUGUGAUCUUAAAGUUUCCAAUAUACUGCUAGAUGGGAAGAUGAAUGCCAAAAUUUCAAACUUUGGCAUGGCAAUAGGUUGGGUAGAUGACCAGACCCUAGUGAACCCUCAUAGAAUUGCAGGAACAUAUGGUCACUUUGCUCCAGAGUGUGUGAUGCAUGGUCAAUUCUCAUCUCAAUCAGAUGUGUAUAGCUUUGGCGUAUUGCUUCUGGAAAUUGUGAGUGGCAAGAGAAAUGAAUGUUCUAAUCAACCAGAGAAUGCAGAAAACCUUUUAAGUAAUGCUUGGAGACACUGGAAUGAAGGGCAGGCAAUGGAGCUGAUUGAUCCAACUCUUAGCCAAUGCUGUCAAAAUACCGAAGUAAUGAAAUAUAUCCACAUUGGAAUACUAUGUGUUCAGGAGGAUGCAGCAGACAGACCUUCAAUGGCAUCAGUGGUUCUCAUGCUUAGUGGUGAUCCUUCUACUCUUCCGAUGCCUCGGUUACUGCCACCUUCUGUUCCUCAUAGAGCAGAGCCACAGAGGACAGCUGGUGAACUUGAGCCAUCAGCAAGGGAAUUGGGUGAAUACAAUGCAGAAAUCAUUUCUAUAGAUGAAGUCACAUUUUCAGAGUUGAGUCCUAGAUAAUGUAAGGUGGUGUUUUUUUUUAUACUUAAUUCUAAAUAGAACCUUAAUACUUAAUAGUAUUAAAUAUUAAGUUGUU